CGCAUGUCAUUGGUCUGUUUCACAUGUCUGCUGAUGUGCCCGGUUAGGGUGUUUGUAGAUUUCGUAACCAGACAUUGUUUGUCAUCUGUGUUCCAAUACUGUUGUUUAUGUCGGCUCGUUUCAACGUUGUCACUAGGAGCUUCCUGGAGCCCAACUAACCGCAUUCAAACAGGGCGGAAACUGAUCCACACGUCGCUACCAUUUCAUAUAUAUACCUGGCUAACAGAAGCUAACGUUAGCUAACUGCUCAGUCGGUAUAGGUUACUUGCUAGAAUGGGUGAGGAAAUUAACGACAUUAAUGCAUGCAGUUGUCCUGCUAAUGCCACCGGUGUUGAAGAGAACGGCGAAACAGUAGAAGGUGGUGUAAAAUGUUACACAUUAGAAGAAGUAAGACUACAUAAUAUGAGCAAUGACACGUGGCUCAUAAUUCACGAUAAAGUAUAUGACAUCUCAAAAUUCCUUGAAGAGCAUCCAGGAGGUGAGGAGGUUCUGCUGGAGCAGGCAGGUGCAGAUGCCACAGAGAGCUUUGAGGAUGUGGGUCAUUCCACAGAUGCCAGGGAGAUGCUCCAGCAGUACCUUAUAGGAGAGCUUCACAUGGAUGACAGAAAAAAGGAGGCAACAAAGCAGUGUGAAGGAGAAGCAACGUCAGGAGAGUCCAGCUCCUGGAUCACAUGGUUGAUACCUGUUAUUGCUGCUACUGUUGUUGGCAUAGUGUGUCGCUACUACAUGUUUGAACACAAAUCCUCUUGAGUGCUGGCAUCCUGCUUCCAUUUCAUUAUUUUCAUCUGGAGGCCUUGAAAUGUUUGACCAAAACCUCCCCACACUGAACGCAUGCAAUUAGGAGUGUGUGAAUCCUCUGCAACAAGAAAAGGAGGGGAACAGUUUGAUAAAGUACUUCUGUCCUUGUCCGUUUACAUAGAGUGCACCAAAUAGACAGCUGGGCGGAGACUUUAUUAGAUUGUCUGCCUUCAGUUUCUUUGUAUCUCAUUGUCAGUAUGCCUGUUGUCGUACAUGUUAAAUGUUGUCUUUAACUUAAACAUUCAUAUGCAUUUGUUCCAGUUUGGUUUCUGUAUGCUCACUAACCAUUUGCCUACUCAGAGAAAGUUUUCUUUUUUUAACAGCCUGCUAUACACACACAUCAUUACAUGGACUGGCUAAGUGGAAAUAUUGAAAGAGCUGUUAGUAUGCAGAAUGGGGAUUAAAAUCAAGUUGAUAAUUACUGGUGACCUUUCUACCUUUUACACUGAAUUAUAACUUCUAAUGCAUUUUCUUGGUUUGAAAGUUUUUUUGCAUUCAGUCAGAAUGAUGGGUUUAUUCCCUCCACUCCUCAGUACACAGUUGUGUUGUUAAGCAGUGCUUGACUGCAUUAGCACUUGGUUGUAAAUGCAAAAUAUUUCCAAUUACAUAACUGCGGUGUUAAAUCUUUGUGUCUGUUCCCUUUUUGAAAAUAGUGGUGAAUUGUAUCAGUGAUCAUCGCUUCUUUUUCUCCAGCUCUGUUGUCAGGAAUCUGUGAUAAUAAUCUGUCCAUCUAUGAAGAUAAAUUUAUGUAGUAUGCAAUUAUACAGUAAUAUUUUAUUAUCCAGAUGUAAUAGCUGACAGUGAAUGACUGUGAACAUUUUUGAAAGAAGUUAAGAAUUUGUUAUUUGAUUGUUCUGUUCUUAAAUUUCUUUGUUCCUUACUAUGCCAUUUGUUAUUUGACUGACACUUUUUCACAACUCAGUUUCACUGUAUUGGAUCUUAAUUCUAUGUUUUGGGUGAAUAGUACUGGCAGCUGUCACUGGAGGGUUUCAGUUGCAUUGAACAGAGUCAGCCAGCUAUUAUUAUAGCCGUACAAGGGUGUUUCCCAGGCUGUGGUCGGUUGCCAUGCACAUUUAAUAAUCUAUUGUAGUUAUUUUUAGAAUUCUCUAGGUCGAUGUUUAUAUUUUGGCACUGUUAAAUUUAUUUGGUGUAAGUAAGCUUUGCAGAGCAUCUUGAAAAUCAUGGAUUUUAUCGAAUAUUCUUAAGUAGGCGUUUUAUUUCUUAUUACCAUUGUGAAAUUAUUGUCUAACCACAAAGGCCAUAAGAGUUUGAAGUCCACUUUACAAAAGUUAAAAAUUCCUGAAUAUAACUCACUGCUAUUUUUACAUGUGGCUACAAGACUGACUUGCAGUUGUCAAAAUGUUGUCACUUGACUUCUCUUUUCAUCUCAUCUCUUUUGAUUUCAGCUACCAUUUCCUAUCACUAAAAGUAUCUUUGAAUAAAAUCACUUUCAAAAUAAA